GUCGCUGCGGGGGGAAGCUGGGGCGAGCGGCUCCGGCUCCUGGCGCUUCCUUGGCAGCCCCUUGCACUAGAUCCGGUGGCAUUGCACUGAGUCCAGGAGCGGCCGGAGCAUCGCUUGCACACGCGCGCGCGCCCUUCCCCAAUCUCCCACCCCAUUGCGAAAGAGCCGCCACCAUGUGGAUCCAGGUGCGCACCAUGGAUGGCAAGGAGACCCACCGGGUGGACUCGCUCUCCAAACUCACCAAGGUGGAGGAGCUGCGGCUGAGGAUACACGAGGUGUUCGGCGAUGGCGUGGAACCUGACAGGCAGAGGCUCUUCUACCGGGGCAAACAGAUGGAAGAUGGUCACUCCCUCUUUGACUACAAUGUUGGAUUGAAUGAUAUUGUUCAGCUGCUUGUAAGACAGAGCCCCGCUAUGCUUCCUACUGUUAAUAAAGAGAAGGACUUGGAACUCUCGGAUACAGACUCUGGCUGCGGCUCAGGCCAAAGUGAGUCUGAUAAGAACUCCAACAAUGGCGAGGGUGCAAUAGAGUUGGAGUGUCAGCCUAGUACAGUAGCACAGGCUGACUGGGUUGAUCCAGGAUUUGGACUCUAUAAGAUCAACGAGUUUGUAGAUGCUCGGGAUAUGAACAUGGGAGCAUGGUUUGAAGCCCAGAUUGUAAAUGUGACCAGGAAAGAGAAGGCAGCAAAUGAAUCAAGUGAUAGUGAUACAGAGUCUGAACUGCAAUCAACUGCUGCUGAAGAAGAUAUCCUAUAUCAUGUGAAAUAUGAAGACUACCCAGAAAAUGGAGUUGUAGAACUGAGUUCAAAAGAUGUACGUACUCGAGCACGGACUGUUUUGAAGUGGCACCAACUAGAAGUAGGGGAAGUGGUGAUGGUCAACUAUAAUCCCGAUGAACCAAAAGAGAGAGGUUUUUGGUAUGAUGCAGAGAUUCUGCGAAAACGGGAAACCAGAAUGAACAAGGAGAUGUAUGCAAAGAUACUGCUUGGGGAUGCUGGUGAUUCCUUGAAUGACUGCAAAAUUAUCUUUGUGGAUGAAAUUUACAAAAUUGAAGAACCUGGAAGUGUUAGUCCAGCUAGCACCAGCCCCUUAAAAAGGCAGAGUGGGCCAGUGUGUAAACAUUGUAAAGAUAACCCAAACAAGACCUGCAGGAUGUGUGCCUGUCAUGUGUGUGGAGGUAAACAGGAUCCAGAUAAACAGCUAAUGUGUGAUGAGUGUGACAUGGCUUUCCAUAUCUACUGCCUCAACCCUCCCCUUAGUAGCAUACCGGAUGAUGAGGACUGGUAUUGCCCUGAAUGUCGGAAUGAUGCAAGUGAAGUGGUUUUAGCAGGAGAGAAGUUAAAAGAAAGUAAAAAGAAGGCAAAGAUGGCAUCUGCUAAUUCAUCCUCUCAGAGAGACUGGGGCAAGGGUAUGGCAUGUGUGGGUCGCACAAGGGAAUGUACCAUUGUCCCCUCUAACCACUAUGGACCAAUUCCUGGGGUUCCAGUUGGCACCAUGUGGAAAUUCAGAGUCCAGGUGAGUGAAUCUGGUGUUCACAGGCCCCAUGUAGCAGGUAUACAUGGCAGGAGCAAUGAUGGUGCUUACUCCCUGGUCCUGGCAGGAGGUUAUGAAGACGAUAUAGAUCAUGGAAAUUCUUUCACUUACACGGGGAGUGGAGGUCGCGAUCUUUCUGGAAACAAACGUACGGCAGAACAAUCUUGUGAUCAAAAACUCACCAACAUGAACAGAGCUCUGGCUCUGAACUGCAGUGCCCCCAUCAAUGAUAAAGAUGGCGCAGAGGCCAAGGACUGGAGAGCUGGGAAGCCAGUCAGAGUGGUGAGGAAUGUAAAGGGAGGCAAACACAGCAAAUAUGCUCCUCGAGAGGGAAACAGAUAUGAUGGAAUAUACAAGGUUGUGAAAUACUGGCCUGAGACGGGGAAAUCUGGCUUUUUAGUGUGGCGUUACCUACUUAGGAGGGAUGAUGAGGAGCCUGCCCCCUGGACCAAGGAAGGGAAGGACAGGAUGAAAAAGCUUGGCCUAACAAUGCAGUAUCCUGAGGGGUAUUUGGAAGCUGUUGCAAACAAAGAUAAGGAGAAAGAAAAUAAGAGAGGUGAUGAAGAGUGUGAAACACCAGGGAAGGGAAAGAGGAAAAGGAAAUCAGCAGGUGAUGAGAUAAAGCUCCCCACCUCCCCUAGAGGGACUCCAAAAAAGACUAAAGUUGAGCCAUACAAGCUGACAUCCCAGCAAAAGGCUCUUAUUAAAGGUGAUGAAUCCAAUGAAAAACUAUGGAAUGAAGUACUAGAAGCUCUCAAAGAUGGACCGAAAUUCCUGAAUAAAGUGGAAGAAACCUUCCUGUGUAUUUGCUGUCAGGAGGUGGUAUUUCGGCCAGUCACAACAGUGUGCCAGCAUAAUGUGUGUAAAGAUUGUUUGGAUCGAUCCUUCAGAGCAGACGUGUAUAGUUGUCCAGCUUGUCGCUAUGAUCUUGGCAAAAACUAUACUAUGCAGCUGCUGCUGUUGCGGCCUUGAGGGAUUGCCCUUCCACACCUGCGGCGCGUCUAAGCCAGAUGAGGAGGAGAAAGGAGAGGACUUGGGAUGACCUGUUCAGUGAGAUGCUGCAAGCCAGUGCUGCAUCAGACCAUAAGCAGAGGGCUUGGAGGGUGAAUUUUGCAGAUUGUGUGGAGAAAGGGCCAAGGUGUUCUGUCAGGAAAGGAGUGGGAGAUUCAUCAGGACAUAAUGGGGCUUUUCCAGCAGCAAACACAAGGUUCAACAAUCACAGGCUUGCCUCUCUUUGCAGUCCAUUGAGAACUCCAUUAUAGCACCUCCCUACACCCCCCUCCACAUUCCUUCCCUUCCCACUCCAUGCCAGGGGACAUUCAGGACAACCACAGCUUAACAUAUGCUGCCUUGUGAGAGCUGCAGUCGCUGUAUAUGUAGCUAAACUUGACAUGUAUGUUGUUUUCCUUCUUAAGCUGUGUUCCAUAAUGUAUUUGUAUUUGCUUUGAACUUGCACAGAAUUUUUUUGGUAGUGGUUUUCUU